GUGCGUGGGACUGAUAUGCAUCUUCUGCUGGACAAAUCUGGCUUUUGAUUGGCCAAAGUUAGAUACUUGCUUUCAGUUGACACUAUUCACACCAAAAAAGUUAGGUAAUGAACAGGAUUUCUGAAAAUUGCCAAACAAAGGAAAAUCGUCUCUUGCAGCUUUUGUCGUUUGGAUUUUCUCGGGGAUGUUGUGUGGGCAGCCGCGCAUUUCAGUGAUGAUAGAAACUGUUGAGAAAGAAAUGCUUGUUUAGAGAGUUUCGUUGUCUUCUGGCCUUGGCAGGAGUAACUGUUCGAUGCAAUGGGUCAGGGGAGCAGCAAGCAGCAGGAAGACUUCCUAACUGAGGAGGAGAUUGAAGAUUAUCAAGAUCUUACAUACUUUACCAGACAAGAAAUCAUUGUUGCUCACAAGAAAUUCAAGGCUCUUGCACCAGAUAUCGUGUCAGAGAACAGAAAUGCACGUCUGGAGAUGAGUGUGAUGCUCAACUACCCAGAACUGCGAGCCAAUCCGUUUGGCGACCGCAUCUGUAAGGUCUUCAGUUCCCUGCAGGACGGCUCCUGCACCUUCGAGGACUUCCUCGACAUGAUGUCCGUGCUCAGCGUGCACGCGCCCAAGACGGUCAAGUCCGAGUACGCGUUCCGCAUCUUCGACUUUGACAAUGACGAUAUGAUCGGCCGUGAGGAUCUGAGGGAACUCAUCAACCGGCUGACGGCGCCGCAACGCAUCACCGAAAUGGAGAUGAUGCAACUCAUCCAGAACAUCAACAAUGAGUCUGAUUUGGAUGACGAUGGCAUGCUGUCGUUUGCCGAGUUUGAGCACAUCAUCUCCAAGUGUCCUGACUUCACAGACUCCUUCAGUGUGAAGCUUUAAGCGCUCAAGACGCAGCUGGCUCAAAUAUUAUUGUGAGUACUCAAGUCUAAAAGAUCUUCUUUAUAUGGGUCUGUCACCACUGUCUUCUGAUGCCGCCACAACCACCUCUGUCAGCUGUUUCGACCAAUGUCACUGGCGAUUGACGAGGCAGCGCUAGAUAUGUGUCUGAUAUCACGUAGCUCUUCUGGUUCCAUUGCUCUCGACUAUCACUGCCGGCACGCACAAAGAAGCCACCACAGACUCCCAGCAAAUGGACGUAUGCUCAACAUCUUGGGGUUGAAGGCAGUGGCCGAGGCACACAUUUUGUAUCAACUGAGGAUAUGAUAUGAUAUUCUCGGGGGCUUCCUCCAGCAUGGCACGCACUUUGUUCAAACUGCCGGGAUCAGUUUACGAUAUUCCACAAACAUCAUUUUUUGUCGCACUGGGUUGUGAGUUAUUGACAGCUGGUAAACCUACCUAGCUCAAACUGGGGGAGAGGUGGGGGUAAACCAAGGGGUAAAUGGUGGUGGGUGUUUAACAAAUCUUUUUUAAACUGGCAAUGAUCUGAAGGGAAGUUUGCAAGAAAGAACGACAUCGUCUCAGUGGCUACUGUAAAAGUUAUUUGUAUUGUGUUGAAAUUCUACGUACCGUAUAUGAGGUUUAGCUAUUGCUAGAUUGUUUCAGGAUGGUAUGAGUGCGGAUUUUGUUAUGCGUAGGUUAAAUAGAACCCCGUGUGUGUAAAGGUUGUGGUUGUGUCGCUUUAAUGCAUAUUGGACCGCGAUGUCCAUGUAAAGCAGGCUCUACAAACUCCAUACCAGGAAAUGUGAUGUUAUCGUUCCAUUAUAAAAACAUUUCGUUUUUUAAGAAACAUUAUCUGUAGUGCAAAUAACUUGCCGUUAAUGUUUGACUAAGCAUCGUUGUUUUGAAAAUUUUGGUGUCUGUUUUUGAUGUAGCAUCUUUUUUCAUAGUUCGUCUCGGAAAUAUUAUUCAAGAUUGUUGUGGCGGAUAUAAACUCUCGCAUUGAUGGUCCUGUUUGAAAUUGUUUAUAGUUUUUUUUAUUUCUUUAUAGGCUGCUUAAACAUCCAUAUAUUUUGCAAUUGGUAAUACGUGUAUGCUGUAUAAUGAAACUCAUGUGUCAGCGACGCCACCUGGAGGACCGUCGUUGUGGUUAGUUUCAGUAACUGACCGGGAGGUGGCUCUAGUGUUCGUAUUUGUGCCGUAACUCUAUGGCUCUGUUCGGCCUCGCUUCCUUGCGUUAUUGUUAGUUUGAUGUGAGAAAGGCCUGGCACCUCGGUGGUGGUGGAUAUCUCAGUCGGGUUAGUCAUUAUUCCAUAUCGACUCUUGCCUGGUUAUGGGAUAGAUUGGUGCCAAAGAUAGCGGGGAAGCUGUUCACUUGUGUUUGUCGCGGUUGAAGUCACCGUUCAGCUGAUGUUAGCAUUUGCGGUUGAUUGUGUUUGAUUUGAGUGAAUAGCGGCGCACUGGCUCGCUCAACGCAUUUUCUUGUCACUUUGUUGAGUUUUUUUAUGCGGUCCAAGAGGGUAAUCUAGGGCGCUUAAUGUCGUAGGCUAGGCUCAGGUCAAUAUUUGAUCGCACUUCAAUACACGCGAUUCGAAGCAGACUAUGGCAUCUGAACAAAGUUGGUGGCUUUGGUUACGGUUAUGAUACUGUGCAUGCGUUGUUAUAUGUUCGUUCACGUUACCUAAGACCAAUACAAUAAGCACUUCGGG